CCUGUUGGAGGUUUUCUGUAGCGAACGCGGGAUUUAACUCAUUUACCGCGAAGAUAUUGGUGAUGAAUGUAAUAUAAACGUUAACAGUGGCUUGUUCAUAGGAACAUAGGUUUGUUAUCAUCUCAAUGAGUAAUGUUAUACAGUAACGGAAUAUAUGUUUGCAAAUUAUUUCUUGGAUUGCAAUGCUGUGCGGUGUAAUUUCAUUAACUGCACUUUCGUUGCCUUAGGUAUCGAUAACGUUUUGGGGAGAUAUUGCUAACGUUAGCUAUUAGGCACAUUUUGUUCUUCGUUCGGUUCGGCUACUGUUAGCAGUAUUAUUUUAAAUUGACAGAAGUAGAACGAAAAGAAUUUAGUGCAAUGGCAAACAUGUGCUUUGAAAGACGUGCCCUGGUGGAAAUUCCCGAACCACAACCGAAAAUUGCAGGCCACUUGCGGAGGUCCUACAUGGAUGUUUUAAGUACCCGUGUGGGGGCCCUACCAAACAGCACAGGCUCCCGGACCAAACGCGCCAGCCCAUUGGUUGCCUGCAGACAGCGGCAGUGGGUUGACGAGAGCGACUCUAGAGGGGAAGAGGUGGAGAAGACUUCCAUGGUACUGUCCAGUCAGCAGCUAGUCCAGCUCCUCAGCUCCCUCAUCCUCCUGGAGCAGAAACAGACGUGCACAGAGCACACAUCGUAUCUGAAGCUGCUGCUGGAGGACUUGCUUCAGAAGAAAGCCAAUGUUUACAGAUCCAUCCCUUACUCGCGCUUAGGGUCCAACAGAGAUGCUCACUGUUACAGAAAAGCCUACCCACACCUAGUGGCAUUCAAGCGUUCAUGCCAGGAGGGUGGGCAGACGUUAGCGCGGCGUGGCGAGUGGGAGUCUCUGCUGGAGUUUGCUCUGACCGGCUGGAGGUACGUCAGCGAGUUGCCGCAGUGGGACACGGCGCGCCACAACACCGGCCGCGAGCACUGCUACACCGCGCUGGCCAGGCAUUGCAGCAUGGCACUCCGGCACCACCAGCCCGCGCCCAGCAAAGCCAGAGAAAUGCUGAGGAGAUUAAAAAUGCCACAGGGUCACAAUCAACAGACAUCGUCUUGUGUAGAAGAGCUGAAGCAACUUCUCAAAGACCUCAAACAUUAAAUGAAGUACUUAAUGCUAAAAUUAUCAAACAAUAUAUUCAGAAGGGGUUUUCUCCACCAAUCUAAAUGCUGCCAUGGCAAUGCCUCUGCAAAGGAGUCGAGUGCAGAGAAACAAGCACAGAGACUGUCAACAGUCACCUUCACAUGAUGCAGUGUGUCCAUGGUGAUACGAGGGAAACCAGCCACCUAACUGCCUUGUGGUAUUCGUUUUAAUGACCAAACUUUUGAAAUGAAUUUUUGUGUCUUGAGGAUGGCCUCAAGAACUAUGAAUUGUAAGGAAUAUUUUUGUACGUUCAUUUUCUAUUAAUAGUGGAUGUUGGCGAGAAUGUGAACUGGCCCAGUUGCUUCCUUUUUUCUUGAAAUACAUGUUUGAUUGUUUUAAGUUUUGUCUGAAUGUUGGUGUGCUUUGAAAGUUUGUAUGUAUUUAUAUGAAAAUGUAAUAAUUGUGCGUUUUCUUUGUCUUGUCCAGUGGCACUUUUCAGUUGUCUUGGCAGC